CGCUCGUCGUCGCACAGAGAGAAAAGCUAAACCAAACUACCAAGGCCCAAACGUCCAAACCCCAAACGCAUCGACGCUUCACAGGUAGCUUGGUUUGUGCGUGCGUGCGCGCGCAUGGCGACGAUGGGAGAGGAGCUGUACGAGUCCGACGUGCUGUGGCCGGAUCACCAGUCGCCACACGACGUCGUCCCGCCGACGGCGACGGCGACGGCGACCGCGCCGACGCCGGCUCGGCGGGGCCAGCAGCAGAUCACGCGCCACUGCUCCACGGCGAGCUCUCGGCCGGUGGACAUUCCCAGGGCCGCGCAGCGGUGGAGCGGCGGCGACCAGGGCGACGACUGCGGCGGGGGGACGAUGGUGCCGCCCCACGUGAUGGUGUCGCGGAGGCGGUCGACGGAGGAGGGGGAUCAGGCGUUCUCGCUGCGGACGGGGACCGGGCGGGCGCGCCGCGACCUCAGCCACCUGCGCAACUCCGUGCUGCGGAUGACCGGGUUCAUUGAAGGAUGACCCGGCACGGCUGACCCGUCGUUUGUGCACACAUGCAUGCAGAGGAGUGGACGACGACUGGUCGCCAAACACCCGUCCGUCGUCCUCUCGGCUUGCACUGGGUGCUCCCAUUUUUGUUCGUUCCCCUUAAUUAGUUGCGGUGUCAUGGUGUGGACGUGUGGUCCAUGAGCAAAUAUUGCUCUUGUAGGAAAGGAAGCUUCGCCAUGUGUGCCUGAGUUAGGAUUCUGAUUAUGGACUAAUUCAAGUGUGUCUUGUGUACAGUUCCUGAAAAUGCAUUUUGAAAUAUCGACCUUUUUGUUUGAAAGAUCGUUUUUGAAAUA